AUGUGGCUCUCCUGGAUGACUUGUGCACUUCUGCUGGGAACUUUAUGUGCAGGUAAAGAGCGAGAGAGAGAGAGAGAGAGAGAGGGGAGAGAGCUGCUGGCCUGGUGGGCUGUGCUGUUUGUUUUGUGGGUGAAAGGGCUGCAGGUUGCAACACUGCAGCCUGCAAAUAUCAGCCCCACUCACUGCACACAUGAGACCCGAGCAGCGUGCUCCAAACAUCUCUGCUGUGUGCAUCAGAUCUGCUCCUGCUGUGGUGAGAGAGGGAGAGAGGGAGCGGGGAGAGGGUUUUUGUGUGUCUGUGAUCCUCCUGCAGCUGCAGCAGCAGCACAUGGCGAGCACAGGGCUGAUGGAGGGUUCUGGUGCGGGUCUGGAGAGGUUCUGGUGUGGUUCUGGGAUCGUUCGAACCUUCACUCAGACUCUGGAUGAGAAAGGAGAGCGUGUGCAUGUAGCGUGUGCGCGCUAACCCGAGUUGCAGAUUAAAGGUGGACUGAGGAUAGUGAACGUGCAGUGUCCUCAUUUUGCACCUAAUGAAAGGAAAGGUGUGUGUGUGUGUAUGUGUGUGUGUGCAGGUCAGCAGCCUGAGUGUGUGUGUGUGUGUGUGUGUGUGUGUGUGUGUGUGCAGCCUGCAUUUACAUUCACUGUCAGUUUUGUUUGGCUGCAUGUCGGGGGGCUUGGCUGCAGCCGUGUGUGUGUGUGUGUGUGUGUGUGUGUGUGUGUGUGUGUGUGUGUGUGUGUAGUUGCAGGCUGCUGCUCCAUUGUCUGCUCAGGCAUGCAGAGGGAUCGAUACUCGAUCAGCACAGCGGUGACGAAGAGCUCGAGCCUCAGAAAUCACCGAUAAUAACCGGAUUUACGCUCAUUUUACGCCGUUUCCUCCUCUUCCUCUCCACGCGCCUUUUACCUCCAACCCUCGCGGCGCGUGGAUGAAUGGAGCGGCUCGCGGAGGCUCGGUCAUGUGGCCUCGUAGUAGUGGAGAGGAGGAGGAGGAGGCGUGUGCGCGUGCGUGCUGGAAAAAUACUACAGAGACGGACACAUGUGAUCGGAGAGAGAACAUCCCAUAAUAUUUAGAUCACACCGGAGGAGGAGGAGGAGGAGGAGGAGGAGGCCGCCAUGUUUAAAUAGGUUACCUGGAAACAUGAGUGAGCGCGUGCAGCACCUUCAGACUCUCAUUUUUAGAGAAAUUUUAACGUUAUUUUGUUUUUUAACCUCAUUCAUAUUAAAGUCGACUCGAACCUGAGCUGUCAAUCACAGUCAGCUGAUGACAGACUGAAGUCUGAGCGCGAGGACACUUCCUGUUUGGGUCCCUGACAGCCUCAGAUCUGAGAGGAAGACCCUACAGAGACAAACCUCUGACCAAAAUCAGCUGUCUGUGACCAAGACUGAUCAAUCUGUCAGCUGAUUAUUGAUUAUUGGUAUGUUGACAUCAUUAGUAUCAAACCUCACAAAGCCGAUAUCACCACCAUCAACAGUGAACCAAAUCUGAAACAUGUAAACGAGUGUUUUAAUGAUCAGUAUUGUAGGUGACAUCAGUCCAAUAUCAUCAAUAAUGAUCUGAUAUCUGCCUUCGUAUCAAUACAUUAAUGAUCAGUGUAAACCUGCUGGUCAGUUAUUAUGGUCAUUUAGACACUCGGGGUGUUCGUGGGUCUGAGGACGUCACUGCAUCGAGUUUGUGGACUGGAUCAGGAUUCAGGUCGCCGAAGACCCGACGAUGAGUCAAGUCUAAGUCGUGUCAUAGUCGCCGCUCUGUGGCGGGUUUUCAGUACCUUUGGAUUUUCUGUGUCUGGCUUGUGAUUGGACCUUCAAAGGUCAGCUGAUUGAAUGUAAAGCCUCUGAUUGGUUGACAGACCUUGAUGUAAAAACCUUCUAACAACAUAAAUUUAAAUUUUGGACUGUCUCUAAAAUACUCUGAACUUCUCAGUGGAAUAAAAACCUCCUGGAUUUUUAAGAGUCAUGUGACGUUGUCACUUGAAAGCCGCCGGUCUCACAAACCGAGUGGAUUUUACUGUAAGUUGUUCUAUUGUACUGUUGUAUUAUUGGAGCCUUCCUUUUUCAAACCCUGUUCAAAUACCAGCCGAGGUUUUCCUCUGAACUCUGACUUCAUUUCUACAAAGUCUCAUUAUUUCCUCUGUGAUUCUGUCAGUUUGGGACUCCUUCAUAGAACCUCAGCUCCUCGUUGCUCCUCGUUUCUCCUCCUUUUCCCUCUGAUGGACCGUCGGACAUCCACUGACGGGGGGGGGGGGUUACUUUUUACACAGCUCUGUCGUCAUGAAACGAACCCUCGGUUAUAUCUUCACCGACAAAGACUGAGGCCAGCUGCUGUUGUUGUGUUUUUGUGUUGUCAUGUUGUUGUGUUGUCGUGUUGUUGUGUUGUUGUGUUGUUGUGUGUCCUCCAGCUCGUGGUCGCCAAUAUUCAAACGUUGACGUUGAUUUUCACCUUAAAGAUUUACAGUUUGUUUGUGGCGACUGCAGUUAAAGGAAAACGUUUAACGGGGAUGAAACACACACAGGCUUCAUAUAUGUGUGUGUGAGUGUGUGUGUGUGUGUGUGUGUGAGUGUGUGUGUGUGUGUGUGUGUUUUACAGUAUGAGCCCUGAGGAGCUGCAGCAGCAGCAGGUUUGAACAAAGGGAAUGUUUAUCGGCUGAUGUGGAGGAAAAAAAAAAAAAACGCUCCUCUUCUCCUGCUCACAGCUUCACCUCUCGAUCGAUACACACACACACACACACACACACACACACACACACACACACACACACACACACACACACACACACACACACACACAGUCUGAUGAUGAAUUGAACACGGAUGCAGAACUGGUUUGGGUUUCAUGAUCGAUGUGACGGUUUGAGAAUUUACAUUUCUGAUGGUUCGACUGAACUCUAGGUGGCGCUCUCACCUGACUCCUCCUGAAUUAUUUCUCUGUUUUAACGGCACAACAACAAAAAGUCUGAAUAUUUUCACGUCUGUCAUCUUCGAUCAAUAAAAAGAUGAACUGAUAACAAAUCUUUAAAGGGAUAUUUCACUGUUUUUGACUCCAGGUUAUAUAAGUUAGCGUUGUAGCCACAAUGAAUGUCGGUUAGCUCCGCCCCUUUUAAUGAAAAACUGAAGAGGUGACUGUCAACAACAACAGCAGGUCGGUGUCAGACGUCAGAAGUGUCUACAACUGCUGCUGGGCAUUUUGGAGAAACAAGAAGAUGGAGCAUCGUACAGCGUUGUUUUUGUCCGACAUGAUGGACGCGCUACUUUUUCUAAAGAGGAGACCAACGCUACUCCUCUACUCUGGGGGUUUUGUUACGGGGUUACAGGGGCGUGGCGUCAUACUCCGACUACGCUGGUUACAUGGUAGAGAAAAUCGAAUUCCAAUCUCAUUAUCUUGGUGUCUUAAAGUUCUUAAACUCUGAUUACAGUCGGACUAAAGUGUUUACAUGACCUUCAGUUGUCCGGUCUUGAUCGGAAUAAGGCGAUAAUUCGGUUUUCUCGAGUGUCAUGGAAACGGUCCAGUCCAGUCCAACAGUGGACUCUGGUCUCAGACCACAGACUCAUGUGGACUGAAAAGAUCCAGAGGUCGGGUUGGUACCAAGUCUCAGUCCUGAUUGAAGCUGCUUGAUUAUGGAAAAGUUCUGAUCGCAGUGAUUUUGAUCAAUAUCAUGAUUAUAAAAAACAAUAAUCAAUAAUUUUGUAUCAGCGAAACCCUCAUGAGUCCAAAUACUCCGCCAAUAAAGCUGGUUCUGGUUCUGGUUCUAACCAGCAGUUUGGCUCCUUAAGUAUUCAAAUGAUCAAGAGUGUGUGCUGCAGUGUGUGUGUGUGUGUGUGUGUGUGUGUGUGUGUGUGUGUGUGUGUGUGUGUGUGUGACUGUAUUGACUACAGAGCAGAAGCCGCUGUCAUUGGUCCUCGUAUCGCCUGUGACAGCACACAGUCAGCUCUGAGUAACGCUGCGUUAGCUAAAACCUGCUCGUUUGUGUGUGUGUGUGUGUGUGUCUGUGUGUCUGUGUGUGUGUGUCUGUAUGUGUGUCUGUUCACACCUUUUUAACCCUGAAGUUUUUGUCUCUGAAGUUUCGUCUCUCAGUUUUGUUUCAGACCGUCUGAUUGGGUGGUUUGUGAGCUGACAGCUGAUUGGCUCUGCUGAUUGACUGAAGCUCACCUGGACAGGUGUGUUUUGGUGAAUUAACAUCAUUCCUCUGAGUUUAGAGCUGCCCUGUGAAGUCCUGCAGACCCUCAGAAACAGACCCCCCCAUGUGUGUGUUUGAUGUAACUCUAAUUUUAGUCCUUAUUCGCUCCCUCGCUCCCUCGCUUGCUCCCUCGCUCCCUCGCCCCUCUCCGCUCUCGUCCUCCUCUUGUUGUUGUUGUUGUUGAGCCGCCUGAUCGCUGCUCCUCUCUUUACUACGACUCCCUGCAGGACCGACACUAGAGAGGAGGAGGAGGGUGAGGAGGAGGAGGGGGACGCAGUGGGGGAGGGGCUGCACAUAGCUACAGGGAAGAUUUAAAGGGCCAGUGCCUGCUACACCCCCCCCCCCCCCCCCCCCCUCGCCAAGAUUGAUGGCAUGGAGGUCAAGAGGGGGAGGAGGAGGGGGAGGAGAGGGGGAGGUGCAGGGUCAAGAGCAGACCCAGAGGGAGAAACUGGAUCCAGGUUCAAUGAGGAGAGCUAGAGGAGCGUUAGAUUUCUCCUCCUGAACGGGCCGAUUUAGAGAGAGGAGUGCAGACUAAAGGAGGAGGAGGAGAUAGGAGGAGACAGGAGGAGGUGUAAGACGACAACAACAACAAACAAUGAGUACAACUUCAGACAACAGGAGGAGGAGACAUGAGGAGCUGGAAGACGACAAAACACAACAAACAAAAACAACAAUGACAACAACAGGACAGAUAACGUCAAUGACAACAACGACAACAACGACAACAAACAACUAACAAUGACGACAAUGAUAUCAACCACGACAUAGAGAAACAUAAACAAUGACAACAACAACAAACAACAAACAAAACAACAAUGACAAUAAGAACAAAAACAACAAUGACAACAACAACAGGACAGAUAACGUCAAUGACAAAAACGACAACAACAAACAACCAACAAUGACGUCAAUGAUAUCAACCACGACAUAGAGAAACAUAAACAAUGACAACAACCAACAACAACAAACAAAACAAUAACAACAACGAUAACACUGACGACAACAACAACGACAAACCAAAACAAUGAUGACAAUAAGAACAACAACAAUGACAACAACAAACAGCAACAACAGGACCAACAACAAACAACAGGCAAAAUUGACAACGACAACAAUGGCAACAACAACAACAACAAACAAUAACAUUGACGACAACAACAACGAGAACAACAACUACAACAAAAUUGACAGGACUUACAACAACAACAAACAACUACAAAUAUAUACAAUGACAACAACAACAUCAACAACAGCAACAAGGCAUUAAACAACAACGACAACAGCAGGACCAACAACAACAAAUGAUAACAUUGACGACAAUGACGACAACAACAACAAACAACUACAAACAAAAACAAUGACAACAACAAUGAUAAACUAGGGCCCCGUUGGGGCACUGGCGGGCCCGAGCCGUGUCGCAACCCCCCCCCCCCCAACGCGCUGCCUCCCCGUCCCAUUCGUGUCCUCUGGCCAUCGCCCUCUCUGGUAACGCCCAUCACUGCAAAGACCCUUUUCCUUCAUCGGCGUUUGCUGUUCUUCCUGCCAGUGCGUGUUGCUUUCACUUACACUUGCCACAGCCAGCCUCGUGAGUGCCUAGCCUAUUGGAUAUCACUGUCACCUACACAGGACAGUCAUACUUUGUUUUUUAAUUUCACAUUAAUUUCCAUAUUGUAUAAACGACUGGAACCAGUCACCUCACUCCCCUCAGGUUACUGUACACAUGCACCAACUGCCUGCUUCAGGUUUGGAUGGAGCUUCAUGGUUGUCUUUUGGAGAAAUGAGCAGUCAAGUUGUGUUUGAAAUUUCAUUUUUUUCAGGGGCAAAAGGAAGCCUCUGCAUUCUUGUCAAAUAUGUAAAUAGCAUGUUUUUGCAGGUGCUAAAAAACAGACUCUGAGUGUGUGUAUGUGUGUGUGUGUGUGUGUGUGUGUGUGUCUGUGUGUGUGUGUGUGUGUAUCCUGCAGUACUCUGAGAAGAAUAAUAAGCAUAUUUCUGAGGUGAAUUUUGAAGAUUCAUCUGAGAGUUAGGUUUGAUUCGAUUCGAUUGACGCUCCCCAGCGUUCAAGUCACAUGACAUAUUUAACCGGAUGUAGCUGCAAGACGGAGCCUCGUUAACUCUCCGUUUCAACUUAUCUCAAAAGUGAGGACCUCAACCUAUAUACCAGUUUUUAAAUUGUGUUGAUAGGCCAAAUAAAACCAGAGUUAUGAUAAAUUAUGUCCGCGAUACUUUUUUUCUGCUUAUUUUGAUCACGUUCGGCGCUCGAUCGCGCUGUAUGAGACAGGAAAACAUAGCAUGCACACAUUAGCGACAGGUCUUACAGGCGGAAAAGGCUUGCCAAAAGAAAAAGAAAACACACCACAACAUCUCUCCUAUUGGUGGAAAACUUCACCACAACAACCAAUCCAAAAUUAUAUGGUGACUGAUUGACAAGGGGCGGGCGCUUACGUUCUUCCUGCAACAUGAGAAGGGAGGGAGGGACUCUCAGCAGGGUUGCAGUCUGGGACACGUAGUUGCAAACCUAGCAACUUUGUUGUUAGAUUCAAUUACUUUUCAGACCCCCUAACGACUUUUUUUUAGAAAGAAAGGGACUUUUAUCGACUUCUUCUGGAGUUUAGAGACUCUGACAUGAAGCAGGCUUUCCUUACUGAGGAGUAGCAACGCUGCUAAGGGUGCAGAGCCACACAUGCGCUCAGAGCUCUGCAUGGGAGACUGAAGCUGACAGAGCUGCAGCAGUUAGCAGGUUUCACCCUCAGAGACCACCAGGGGUUCAUGUUGAGGCAUUUUCAGUUUUUGUUUUUUUUGCCAUAGACUGUCAGCACAAUCUGCAGUUACACUAACAAAAAUGCUGCAAAAAACAAAGAAUUAUGGAAAAAUUACACAUGGACUGACAUAGAGGAGGAUCUACACAAGUUUUUUACAUCAUGUUUUACAUCAUGCAUCAUUUACAUCAUGUUUUUUUGUAGUGGCAUAAAUAAAAAGUGACAUUUGUGAGACUAUACAGUGUUUUGUAAAUAAUUUUACAAAGAACGCCUGGGCCAUUGCCUGCAUUUUGAUGUAAAUAGAGGUAAAUCACUAUGUUCUUUGUUAAAAAUUUGCAUAUGUUUUGAAGUUUACAAUUUUUAUUUGAAGUUUAAGUUUUAAAAACAGUUCAUCACACAUAUUUGUGUUUUAAUUUCACAUUAAUUUCCAUAUUGUAUAAAUGACUGGAAAAAACUUGAGCCCCUGCCCCUGUAUAAUCAUGUGCACGUCCCUGUUCUAGCUCCAAGGUGAAUCUUCACUGCUCAUGUUCUCCUCAGAAAUAGUCACCUCACUCCCCUCAGGUUACUGUACACAUGCACCAACUAUCUGCUUCAGGUUUGGAUGGAGCUUCAUGGUUGUCUUUUGGAGAAAUGAACAGUCAAGUUGUGUUUGAAAUCUGAUUUUUUUCAGGGGCAAAAGGAAGCCUCUGCAUUAUUGUCAAAUAUGUAAACAGCAUGUUUUUGCAGGUGCUAAAAAACAGACUCUGAGUGUGUGUGUGUGUGUGUGUGUGUGUGUGUGUGUCUGUGUGUGUGUGUGUGUGUGUGUGUGUAUAUAUGUGUGUGUAUCCUGCAGUACUCUGUACUCCUGCAGUGGCCAAAAAGACUUUUAAGAAUGUGGAUUUUUGGGUCAUCUUUGGCGCCCCCUAGAACUGCAGUACUCUGUACUCCUGCAGUGGCCAAAAUGACUUUUAAGAAUGUGGAUUUUUGGGUCAUCUUUGGUGCCCCCUAGAACGUAAACCGUGGGGUGCAGCGUCAUGAUUUUUACAACUUUGAAUGGGCAUGGGGUGUAGAUUGCCCUGAGCAAAUUUGGUAUCGGUGGGACGAAAGCCUUAGGAGGAGAUAGCCACAUUCCAAUGUGUGCGAAUCGGCAAAAAAUGCGAAAUAGCCCUUUAACCGUACAUUAUACAGAUACGCGCUUUUUGACUUUUUCGUAGAUCUAAUUGAGAUACACGUGAUUGUCAAUUUUUGUGUCAAUAUGACAAAGCGUUCAGGCAUGACACUCAACAAUGUGUAUUUUCAUGUAAGGGGACAAGAAAAAAUUGACUUUUUUCUCCUGCCAUGGGGGGGCGCUCUUUUGGGGAGUAAAAAUUCCUUCACAAAUGUGUUGAUGGCUGGACAUUGCAUCAUCCUAGAAAACUUGGAGGGCAGUGAGGACAAAAAUAAAAAGUUAUAAGACUUUUAAGAAUGUGGAUUUUGGGUUAUCUUUGGCGCCCCCUAGAACGUAAACCGUGGGGUGCAGCGUCAUGAUUUGUACAACUUUUAAUGGCCAUGGGGGGUAGAUUGGCCUGCGCAAAUGUGGUGCCGGUCGAACGAAAGCCUUCGGAGGAGUUAGCGAAAUUCCAAUGUGUGCAGAUCUGCAAAAAAUGCAAAAUAACCCAUUAACCGUACAUUUGACAGAUACGCCCGCACUGACUUUUUUGUAGAUCUUAUUGAGAUACAUGUGUGUGUCAAUUUUUGUGUCAAUAUGACAAAGCGUACAGCCGUCAUGUGAAUUUUCACCUUAGGGGGCGCUAUGGAGCCAUUUUGCAUUUUAUUGUUUGGGCGACUUCAGAAUAUCGAAUUUUUCACCAGGCCCGGUCGUCCUGCCAAAUUUCCUGAGUUUUCGCCAGUGGGAAGUGGGCCAUUUUCCAGUUUAAAGCGGAGGAAAAAUAAUAACGAAAGAAGGAAACAUGCAGGAACAAGAGGGCUCUCGCAGCUGCUUAGCAGCUACGCUCGGGCCCUAACAACAAGAAACAAUGACGACAACAGGACCAACAAAGACAACAGCAAUAAACUGUUUGUUUGUUUGUUUGUUUGUUUGUUUGUUUGUUUGUUUGUUUGUUUGUUUGUUUGUUCAGACUCUUUAUUUUCAGAAACAGCCUCAUGAGUUCAGCUCCCUGUUAUUUCAGAACACCUUUAAUGGACCUAAUUAAUCAGUCGGACCAAUCAAUCAGAACACUGUUUAUUAGAAAGUCCUGCACAACCACAGAAACACUUCCAGGACUGAGUUUAGACCCGGUUUUUACAACAGAACAGACCGGGUUUACCUAACAGAUCUCAGAACCAAAGCCCGGUACCAUUCAGGAGGGAGUGGUAAUGAACUAACAAUGAAUUCUGAUCAGGAUUAUGACUCUUCACAAACACACAAAUAUGAUCAUCAAGAUUAAAAAGAGGAGAGGAAGGACGUCUGCUCCUUUAGUUUUCAGUCUCCUCUUUAAUAAUGAGUAAAGUCAUUAAACACAAAGUAAACAGACGUUUGUCACUUUAGUUCAUUAAAACUUCUUCCUUAAAUAAAAAAUAAACUCCGUCUCUGUUUCUUAAAUGUGAUGAUGUCGUCCGGACUGAAAUACCUUCACUCCGGUCCAUAAACCUCUGCAGACGCAGUGAAGGCCCGUCCGGACUCUCUCUCUCUCCUCGGGGGGACGUGGUGGUUUUUAUAUUUGAGGAUUGGUCGUGUGUUUGUUAUGAGAUGGAUGUUUUCCUCCGACGUCGGCGCGGUGUUUACAGUAGCUGAGCUGCAGAGUGGACGUUUCAUUACACUCAUUGCUCUCUGUAAUAUACGGCUGUAGCUCCCCUGACCUGCUUUCUCAGCGAUCAAUAUUACUGGUGGAGGGAGGAGGGGACCCUGUUUUUAUUUCACACACACACACACACACACACACACACACACACACACACACACACACACACACACACACACAUACAUCAUUAGCUCUGGGAGAGGCCUGCAGAGGUUUUUAUGGAAGCAAUCCACCAAACACUUUCUGUAAAGUACUCUGGAAACCCUGAUACCUCCAAGUACCUAAACCUGGACCUGAGGAGAUCCCAGGUAACCAGGUAACCAGGUAACCAGGUAACCAGGUAACCAGGUAACAGCGGCUGCUCGUUGAUAUCUAAACAAGCACAGAAGUGUGUUUUUAUUCAGAGUUAAUAAACAGGAUUAAAACAAACUGACGUGAUCAUGAUAGACCUGAAGAGUUCUGAUGUUUAAAGACUAAAAGAUCCUGGAGGAGUUCCACAAGGCACACCGCCGGGUCCCUUUAGGUUUUAAAAACCAGGUUUAUACCAGAUCCUUUGGUUUCAGACAUCGAUCCACUUUGGAUCUGACUCCUUCAGAGGUCAGACUGUAUCUUGUUCUUUCAGGAUUUGGGUUGUUUUGAGUCUUACAGGUCUUGCGUUGACUUGAAUCCUGUUGUGUUUGUGGAGUUGGAUCUUGCUGUAUCUCGUGGUUUGUAGACUCUGGAUGUCUGAGAUGUUGUUGAUCCAGGAUAAAGGACAGACGACAUCUUUUAGCUGCAGUACUCGGGUUUGGUGGAUGUAGUUUUGAGACCAGGAUCAUGCCCGUCCUAAACUUGCUAGAACUCCUUAAACCUUGAGUCGCUCUUUCGAUGGAGUUACUGAAGGGUCUCUGCUGGGUCUCCUGCUGUUUUAAGACUAGAAUCAAAGGGAUCCUGUGGUUUCAGGACUCCGGUUGUGUAAAGUCUCAGGACUGGGUUGGUGUGUAGACCUGGACCAUGUUAUUCCAGAGUGCAGUGUUGUUGUGGUUUGUGGACUCAGGAUGUGUUUGUCUUUGUUGAUCCAGGACUUGAGUCUUGAAGGAUCCUGAAGUUCCAGAAUUCAGGACAUGUCAGAUCUUCAAGCUGCAGUGAUCCGGUUUUGUUGGAUGUUCGGGUUAGUUCCUCAAGGAUCAUCUCUGGGUCUCCUGUGUGGUUUCAGGACCUGUGAUUUGUUGGAUCAUUGAUCCUCAGUAACCAGGUUUUUAGGGAUCUUGUGGUUUUAGGAUUCUGGUUUUGUCAGUCCUGAGGUUUUGUUAUAUCUUCCUGUUUGUGGUCUCAGGUCUUGUCUUCUAGUGUGACCUCUUCUAUCUUGUCGGAUCUUGUCGUGUUGUCCUUGUUGCUUCAGGACUUAGUUCCUGUUGGAUCCUGCACCAUGACUCGUUGACAGACUUGGGUUUUGCUCGACUUUGUGGUUUUUGGACUUGAUGGACAGGGAACUUUUGGGUACCUGUUGGAUCUCACGGUUAACCAGGAUCAGGAGUUCCUCGAUGUUUCAGGACGUAAGUGGUUGUGUGGGAUCUUGAUGGCUGUAGAUCUUUGGGUUCCUGGUUGAGGUCUUCCUGUAGCUCCAGCUCACCUGAGGGGGGUCCGAGGGGUCCUAAAGGGGGACUCUGAGAACAGUUUGUACUUUCCUGAGAAGGAACGGUUACAGGUUUGAUGUCUAUGAACUUCAGUGAAACUCCUCCACGGUGAUGCCGAUCGUUCCCUGUCCUGAUCAAAGAUCGAUAACCUGUAGAAACGGCAGAUGAAGUUAGUUUCAGGCAGGUUUCUGAUGAUCUUAAACUCACGGCGUAUAAAUCCGAGUCUGAAUUUUGUAUAUUCUUUGAUUUUCACUCAGAUAUUAAACGUCUCUGUGCCGUUUGAACGUAGAGAAAAGCUUUCCAUAAAUUAGUCCUGCUGAGCUCAGAGCGCUCUGCCACUGCGUAUAAAACUAAUUUUAUGGCCGGGACUGUCACCAUAACUCUCCGUGAGACACACACACACACACACACAUGCACACACACACUUUGGCAAACAUGCAAAACACACAGGGAGAAACACAUCAAGUCAUUAGCAGAGAGCUGUGGUCUGGUGUUUAUUCUGGCUCACAGCGGAGCGGCGAUAUCAGCGUGAAGAAAGAGGAGCUGCUCAAUGAAACAGACGCUGACUUUAUCAGCUGUUUCAUAAUUUUAUUACCAACACAUUAACAUGACAGGCUGGUUACUGCAGGACAAAUGUCCUCACAGAGUUACUCUGAGGUGAUGUCACUCCUUUAAGGCCGAAGACGAGCCGAUGACCUGGAUUUAAGACAAAGAGGCGGAGGACCGAACUCUGAGCUGACUCUUUCAAAAACGUUCUAAAAUAUUCAUAUUUUCAUUUUUUAUUCGUGCGUCGAAGAAAGUGACACUCAGGACAACCCGACUGCAGAUGUGAUCUCAGAUAAAACCACAGAGAGGAGUCCUGCAGAGAUCCUCUCAUACUGGUGCUGAUGUGGACUCUCGAAGUCUGAGCUGAACCCGUACCCGCCCUGUUACACGUGGAGACAUAAAAAAAAAAAGCAGAGUAGGCGGGGCAACAGCAAAGACCGCCGUACCAAAGAGGACAACACAACUAUUGUCGGCAAACAGGGACAUGCCACGAGACAAUAGUUCAGAUUCUGAGUCCAAUUCACUGCCACCUGAUUGGUUAAAGUGUUACGAUACCAAAAUGAUGAGGGGCGGCCUUGAAAAGACAUUUCUACCUCAAUGGAAGUACGGUGAAGCAACAGCUAGCUUCUGUAGUCGGCCAUGUUUGUUUACACUAAAGUCUCGUUUGAUCACAUGGUUCCUAAAGGUGUUGUAGUCAGGAUCUGAGUUAGUUCCAGUUUUUAGGAGAAAUCUUGAAUGUAAACUCUACCCCUCCUAACCAGUUUUCCCCUCAGCUCCUCCUCUCCCCUCAAGCCCCGCCCACAAACAGACGCUCCUGCUCGCUCGUAUCGUUCCAGUUAAAUUCAGAUAUAAUGCAGAUAAAUCCUUCAGAUCAUUACAAAUGGGGCCCAGUCAAGGUGAAAGUCAAAAGCAUUGGUGCUACUGUAGAUGCCAACAGACUACCAGCAAACACAAUGUUUGCAGGACUUCUACAACGAGGAUAAAGUGACAUAGUCCAGGACCCGAGGGAGGACAGUUUAGCGAUGGCGCUACAACACGCUACAGCAGGUCCGUUUGACAAGAAACACUUCUGUUACAGACACUUGUCUUACUUUGUUAAAGCGGUUUACCUGUCCAGCAGAAAGGUUACAGGGUCACCAAGAUCCCCAAGCGUCCCCCAUGGUUUAUGUUGACCCGGCUUUUUAGCUCUUGUCCGGUCUACCUCCGUUUUAAGCGCCCGUUAUUCCUCCAGAGUCUCCGGUAUUUACUUUGUUUUCUUGCUUGUGUCGGCAGUCGUGGCCAAAGGAGGAUUCAGACAAUUUUCCGAACUUUCUAGUUGGUUUCUACUGUCCGAUAUUGUAGCACGCUAACUUUGUUUGGGCUCCUGAACGACACGGGGGAGCAGCGUCUGCCUCACAACCAAUCAGACUAAGACCUCAGACCGGAUAAACCGUCAGUCGGUCCUUCAUUCCUGUGACUUUAGAAAAGUCUGAGAGUUUAAAAACAGAGAGGAGAAAAGAGAGAAGAGUGUUUUUGUGUUUUUUAAAGUCGUCCUCAUUCAUCGUCACAGUCAGAGAUAAGUCUGCUCAUUGAAACGCUGAAUCAGUCAGGAAACAGUCAGUCAGUCAGUGUUCAGUCAGUCAUGUGGAGCAGACCUCUGUUGGUUUGAACCUGAUAAGCUGUGCAGGCGAGUGUGUGUGUGUGUGUUAGUGUGUGUGUGUGUUAGUGUGUGUUAGUGUGUGUGUGUGUGUGUGUGUUAGUGUGUGUGUACCUGGACAGAUAAAGUGUUAUCUUGCUAUUCGGGCCCAAACACAAAGAUAACAAUGGAGUACAGGACACUUUAUCAAAACACACAAACACGCUCUGCAGGGACGUGUCCUGCUCGGCUCGGGCCGUCCAAUCAGAGCGCAGGAUGAGCGCGGCCGCAGUAAAAGGCCCGGAGUCGGUCUGUAUUGUGUUUGCCGGGCUGUAAAGUCGGGAGCCUGGCUGUGACAGAUGGGGGGCUCUCUUUCAUUGACAAACUGACGGCUCCCAGGGGCCCAGACUGACCCCCCCGCCUCCUGCUCCUCUCAUUUGUUCCUCACCCCCCCCCCCUCCCUCCCCUGAGGUCUACAGGAAUGACUCCCUUUCUCUCUCUCUCUCUCUCUCUCUCCCUCUCUCUCUCCCUCUCUCUCUCUCUCUCUCUCUCUCUCUCUCUCUCUCUCUGUCUGUGCUGCCAUUUGUGCGGGGACAGGGGGCCCGGUCAGGGAGGUCCUCGUGUGUCCUCCUGUCUGGUCUUCUUUGAGUGGGGGGGGGGCAGAUGUUGUCUGGACAACAGGAACCAAACACGGUCCUGGUCCUGGGGUCCUCUUAUCUGGUCUUUCCUCUCCUGCUGCUGUGAUUUCACAGGAUUGCAUCAGAGUCUCCGGUUAUCAGCUGUUCACAUGCGCUCGCCGCCCUCGCCCCGCUGGACUCUCGCACGAGUCUGUCAGGGUCAGAUGUGGUCAAAUACAGGAUCACUGGAUCUGAUGAUCAGAGGGGUCGGGGUUUGCUCUUCCUGAUCGGGGUUGUCUGAGGUGGUUCUGGAGGAGAACUUUGGCGUUUUGGUGAAAUGUUUGUAAAUCUGCGUUUCCUGUUUCAGAGUCCGACUCUCUCUCUCUCUCUCGGGUUCGCAGCUGUCUGCAGCGCUCAGGUUUACUAACGUACAGAUGUCGGCCGUGACUCAGAUUCUUCACUCUGAGCGUAGAGUAUGUUCAGGAUGUUUGGACCGCUCCCAGGAGACGGCGCCAACAGAUGGUCGCCGGUUCGACGAAGAAUCUGCGAAAAGACGAGGAAAUCCAAACAUUGAGUUUCUGAGGAUCACAGAGACGAUUCAGACGUGGAGAGUUCCUACAUGAGCUCCUGUCUCUGAACAACAUCAUCGUUUUUAUCUCUGGGUUUGAUUCAGAUAAUCAUGUUCUCCAGAGGAUGACUCUGACUUUAUGGAGAGGAGAUGAACGGAUGAAGUUUUUAACUGACAUCAAAGAUCAAAACAUAGAUUACAGAAAUAAAGUCAGAAUAUUUCUCUAAAACGAGGACUUGGCCCGACCGUGUCGAUGUGUUUGUGGAGAGGAGAGUGUUUUCUAAAAUUACAACGUUAUUCCUGUCAGAUUCACUUCCUGUUUUAGACAUGAGGACACUUGAACCCGUGACUGUGAGGCGCAGUCAUGGUGGAGGUUUCUGUAGAUCUUUAGUGACACACAGAGAGUUUGUGAGUCUGCUCAGGUGAACAGGAUCUGGAGAGGAUCUGAACGGUGACGAUUUAACUGAGAUUACAGAGUUUAGGGUCCCCCCCAAACAUACACACUGAUAGACUCAGAUCAUUUUCAAAGUUCUGAAGCUGCUGUCUGAGCUGAAGAUGAAGUUAAACCUGGUCUAACGUCACCAUAAACGCAGACAGCAGCUUCAGAAGUUAAACCAGGUUUAUCUUCUGAAGCUGCUGUCUGCGUUUAUGGUGAUGUUAGACCAGGUUUAAGUUCACCUUCAGCUCAGACAGCAGCUUCAGAAGUUAAACCUGAGUUGAUGGUGAAGUUGAACCUGAUUUAAUUUCUGAAGCUGCUGUCUGAGCUGAAGGUGAAGUUAAACCUGGUCUAACAUCAACAUCAGCUCAGACAGCAGCUUCAGAAAUUAAACUGGGUUUAUCUUCUGAAGCUGCUGUCUGAGCUGAAGGUGACGUUAGACCAGGUUUAUCUUCUGUAGCUGCUGUCUGCGUUUCUGGUGACGUUGAACCCGGUUAGGAGGAAAUAAAGACGAGUCUAGAGUCUCUGCGGCGUUGAGGCCCUCAGCCUCGGAGGUCAGCUCUAUUGUCUGCAGCUCUGCGUGUUUUCAGGACCGACCAGACUGUGAUUGAUGGCACUUAAAGCUGCUGAGGGUGUGUGUGUGUGUGUGUCAUUGUGUGUUUUUGUGCAUUAAUUGUGAGAGUGUAUCUGGUUAGUGACGAGGAGGAGCAGCUCCCUCCUCCUCCUCCUCCUCCUCCUCCUCCUGCAGCUCUGAUCGUCAGAGAGCUUCAGCCCGACUUCUGAGGCUAUAAAUAGAGGCUGUGUGUGUGUGUGUGUGUGUGUGUGUGUGUGUGUGUGUGUGUGUGUGUGUGUUUUGGGAGGGGAAGCCCAUUUUGGGAUCCAGCUGGAUGUGAUCCAGGACUUGGCCCAGAGGAGGAAGAGAGUCAGAGGAGGAAGAGCGUGAAGGAGGUUCUGAUCAGGAUGUAAAAAAGUCAAAUCGAUCGAACCUGGAGUGAUCGAUCUGAUCAAUAAAACUGAUCAGACGGUCUGUGGAUUCAUGCAGACGUCCUUUAAACGAAGAGAGGUGGAGUUAAGGUUCUAUUGAUACUGAUGAUGUUAUUGAUCCAGUUCUUUAUUGAUGAUCUGUUUUGAUUUCUGUGAGUUUCUUUGUGGACUCACACACAAACACACACACACACACACACACACACACACACACACACACACACACACACACACGUCACCUUCACUGCUCUGCCUGUUUAUUGAUUGGGCCUGUAAUGGUCAGCUGAUCGUAGAUACAGCCUCUGAUUGGUCAACAGAUCUCCUCUGAGUUUGUAUUUCUACGUUUAGAGCUGAGAUCGUAAACACAACAACACGAGAUCGUCAGACUGCAGACCUGAACUCUAGAGUCUGUAACGAGCAGAACAAAACGACAGUCAAAGUGCAGAUGGUCACUGUUGAUGCAGAAGGCCGCCAUUUUGGAUUUGGAGCUCUGAAGUAUCUGACUUCUGAGGUCAAACGUGACUUCCUGUCUGAGUUUGUCUGGACAGGACUGAGCGUGUGCGAGAGCGUCUGCUGAUAGUGACUGAAAAUGUGAACUAUACUGUCGUCUCACCUUCCUCUGCUGGUGACCAAUCACUCAGUCCGUUUCCAUGACACUCGAGAAAACCGAAUUAUCGCCUUAUUCCGAUUAAGACCGGACAACUGAAGGUCAUGUAAACACCUUAGUCCGACUAUAAUCAGAGUUUAAGAACUCUGAUUAAGACACCCAGAUAAUGAGAUUGGAAUUCGAUUUUCUCUACCAUGUAACCAGAGUAGUCGGAGUUUGAUCAACCCAGGAGCAACAUGGCUGAAGCACCAAAGAACGUCCACUUUUGGAACGACAAGGAGAGCGCCGUUCUACUUUCCAUCCUGACAGGAAUGGACAUUUUUAAGUAUAAGGACGGUCGCAAAACGAGGAACGGAGACAUCUUUAACCCUAGAAGACUAUCGCCUGGUGAUUUUCAUGAUGUUGUGUUUGUCUGAGUAGUUUCAGCAUUUCCUUUGACAUCUUUGAAGACAGAUUUGUUUCCUACAGACUCGUGUUCACAGGCUGAUUUUAGUGACGGAGGGUAAAGUAGGUUUGGGUGGAUUUGAUGGUUCUUGGCGUGUUGAUCAUCAGUGUCUCCUGGUUUCCUGGAUGUGGCGCUUUUGAAGGUUUCCUCGACACUCUUGUCCAGAGACUGACCUCUGAUCCGUGAACAUCGUCUCCUCUGUGUUCACUGAAGUUUUUAUUGUUAUUGUUGUUGAUUUGAGAUGAACAGAGGAAUCAUCUUCAGAUGUUUGAGCAGCUGAUUUCACCAGUUUAUGUUCCUUUUAUCAGCAGCUCAAAGUUUUCCCUCUAUAAUAUCUCAGUCAGACUGUUUCUGAGACCUGAGAGGAAAAAAAAAACUUCAUUAUCAGAUUUAUUUUUAGCUCUUAAUGAACUUCAACAUCCAACAGAGGAACAUCUCCAGUCUGACAGCUCUGCUCUCAAGUUCUCAUGUCAGCGUGGAUCAUAAACGUGUGUGUGUGUGUGUGUGUGUGUGUGUGCAUGUUUAAGUGUGUGAAAAGACCGUGACAUCUUGCAUGUGCAGAUCAACAAAGACCUUCAUGAUUCAGAUCUGAGUGUGUCUCUGUGGAGGGUUCCCAUGGAUCUGCAUCUCAUAUGUUGGCCUGUGAUCUCAGUAACAUAUGCACACACACACACACACACACACACACACACACACACACACACACACACACAGACCCCUGACCCCUGACCCCUCUGUCUGGAGCACACAAAGCCUCUUAAUAACUCGUAUGUGGUCAUUUUGCAUGAUAAAGUCUCUCACUCACACACUCUCACUCAUUUGCAUUUUACACACGUCUGUAUCCAUAUCAUCAAGAAAGCCCAGAGGUCAGAGGUCACACACACACACACACACACACACUCACUCAGAGUUUAGACAUGUAAAUGUGUGUGAUGUGAUUAUAUGUUGUCUGGGUUGUUGCAGCUGGAGGAUGUGAGCGUCUGUCCGUCUCUCUCUGCAGCUGUCUCUCUCUCCCUCUCUCUCUCUCUCUCUCUCUCUCUCUCCAUCUGUAACCUGCUCUCAGAAUUUCAGCUUUGCAUAAGAACAUUUGUGCCGCCGGGGUCAAAGGUCGUGAGAGAUUCCUGUCCUGGUUGGAGCAGGAUGAAGCUGAUUCGAUCGUAGACUCGAUAAAUCCUGCAGGAGGUUUGAGAGCGUCCGACUCUGAACGCAGCUGAACAUGAAAGUGAGAAUAAAGUCAGAGAGACCAAAACCACAGCUCUGAUUCUGAGUUCAUGGUGACACCUCAGAGUCUAGACCUAGAUAGAUAAGUAUAGAUAAGUAUAGAUAGAUAGAUACUCACUCAGCAGGUCGGUGUCAGACGUCAGAAGUGUCUACAACUGCUGCUGGGCAUUUUGGAGAAACAAGAAGAUGGAGCAUCGUACAGCGUUGUUUUUGUCCGACAUGAUGGACGCGCUACUUUUUCUAAAGAGGAGACCAACGCUACUCCUCUACUCUGGGGUUAGGGGGGCGUGGCAUUGUCCGAUCAUUCUCCGACUACGCUGGUUACCUGGUCGAGAAAAUCGAAUUCCAAUCUCAUUAUCUGGGUGUCUUAAUCAGAGUUCUCAAACUCAGAUUAUAGUCGGACUAAGGUGUUUACAUGACCUUCAGUUGUCCGGUCUUAAUCGGAAUAAGACGAUAAUUCGGUUUUCUCGUUGCAUGAUUUCUAAUUCUUCGUUGAAAGGACAACUGGACUUAGUUGAGACGUUUCGUCCAGUUGUCCUUUCCAUGCGUAGAUUCCCACUCCAGAGUCAUGUGACUAACCUGUUGGACAAAGUUGGUUUGAAAUCAUCUGAAAACCUAAGGUGUUUACGUGACCUUCAGUUGUCCGGUCUUUAUCAGAAUAAGGCGAUAAUUCGUUUUUUUUUCGGGUGUCAUGGAAACGGACUGAUUGAAACCAUCAGACUUGGACUAGGAUCUGCUCUGUGAGGUCAGAUGGAGUCUUUAAAAAUGGUGAACUAUCCCUUUAACUCUCUUUAACCGGAGAGCAGAGCAGAGAGCAGGCUGACAGAUGUGUGUGUGUGUGUGUGUGUGUGUGUGUGUGUGUGUGUGUGUGUGUGUGUGUGUGUGUGUGUAUGUGUGUGUGUGUGUGUGUGUGUGUGUGAGUGUGUGUGUGAGUGUGUGUAUUUGUGUGUGUUUAUGUGUGUGUGUGUGUGUGUGUGUGUGUGUGUGUGUGUGUGUGUGUGUGUUUCUCGCUGCUCAACUUUUUAAUUGAAAAAGAAGUUGCACUAAAUGUCAACUGACACACUCACACACACACACACACACACACACACACACACACACACACUGACAGCUGCCUGGCCCAUUAGCUCACACAUCUCCAUGGCGACCAAAGUCGACCCCCAGAAUACUGAUGAGGGUUCAGACGGGGUUCUGCUGAGCUCCUCUGAGUCCUUUAUUGUCCAAUCAGAGUCCAGAACUCCGGUCCACUGCAGGACAGGUGAGACCAGAGGACACCAGGGGCGGGGCUUCACCUGAGUGCAGGUAUCCCAGCAUGCAACAGGAGGAGUUAUCUUGAUGUUCAGGCUCCUCUGUUCCUCUAAAACUGGACUGUAACGUCGGUUCGGUCCGGUCCUCCUCGGACUCUGAGUUUAUGGUUACACAGACAGGAAGUAGUAUUAUGACUGUGACAUCACUCAGUGUGUAGUUUUACUGCAGCUGUGCUCUCACUGUCAGCUCACAGCUGCAACCUCAGAGUGUGUGUCUGUGUGUGUGUGUGUGUUUAGGGGGUGGGUGGUGUUGGUGCGCGCUGGUGGGAGGGGGUUGUUGAAUACUCCCACACUUCCGGUUGCCUAGCAACAAUUAAUGCACAGAUUGGCGGUAACAUCUGUCACAGCGAGCGCUGC